GCGUGCAAUCAGAAAUUCGGUAGAUUUUCUCAGCGACGGUCGGUCAGUGAAUAUUUUCUGUGAAUUUGAGGCGCAAAUUAAUCGCAAGAAAUCUGUGUUUCAACCAAACCAUCAAUAAAAAUUAACAGAAUAAACGGAAAAUUAACAAAAUAAUGGCACCAAAAGCAGGAACCGUUGCUAGAAAACCCGUGGGCCAAGCUUUCAAAGAUAAGUCCAAGCCUCAGGAUGUUCGCUUGUCCAACAUUCAUGCAGCCAAAGCUGUCUGCGAUGCCAUUCGCACCAGUUUGGGCCCUCGCGGCAUGGACAAAAUGAUUCAAGCCGGCAAUGGCGAGGUCUCCAUUACCAACGACGGUGCCACCAUUUUGAAACAAAUGAAUGUCUUGCAUCCUGCCGCCAAAAUGUUGGUUGAACUUUCUCGCGCCCAAGAUGUGGAAGCUGGUGACGGCACCACCUCUGUUGUUGUCAUUGCUGGAGCUUUGUUGGAAGCUUCUGAAAAAUUGUUGCACAAGGGUAUUCAUCCUACUGCCAUUUCUGAUUCCUUCCAACGUUGUGCUACCAAGGCAAUUGAAAUCAUCAAUGGCAUGUCUACACCAAUUGAACUGACAGAUCGUGAAACAUUGAUUAAGAGUGCCUCAACAUCGUUGAAUUCCAAAGUGGUAUCACAACAGAGCAGUUUAUUGGCCCCCAUUGCUGUGGAUGCUGUUUUGCGUGUUACCGAGCCCGGCAAGGAAGCCGGUGUUGAUUUGAAAAACAUCAAAGUCAUUCAAAGUUUGGGUGGUACUGUCGAGGAUACAGAGUUGAUUGAAGGUUUGGUGUUUACCUCUCGCUCGGCUGGUAUCAAUGCUCCCAAGCGUAUUGAGAAGGCUAAGAUUGGUUUGAUCCAGUUCUGCAUUUCUGCACCAAAAACCGAUAUGGACCACAGUGUCAUUGUUUCUGAUUAUGCUGCCAUGGAUCGUGUAUUAAAGGAAGAACGUGCUUACAUCCUGAAUAUUGUCAAGCAAAUCAAGAAAGCUGGCUGCAAUGUCUUGCUGGUGCAAAAAUCUAUCUUGCGUGAUGCUGUUUCCGAUUUGGCCCAACAUUUCUUGGAUAAAAUCAAGUGCCUGGUCGUCAAGGAUGUCGAGCGUGAGGACAUUGAAUUUGUUUGCAAGACUUUGAAUUGUCGCCCCAUUGCUUCUCUGGAUCACUUUGUAGCUGAGAGUCUUUCCAGUGCCGACUUGGUUGAAGAGGUUUCAAGUGGCACAAAUAAAUUUGUGAAAAUCACUGGUAUUCAAAAUCCCGGCCGCACUGUGUCCAUUGUCUGCCGAGGUUCCAACAAAUUGGUUUUGGAAGAAGCUGCCCGCUCAUUGCAUGACGCUUUGUGUGUGGUCCGCUGUUUGGUUAAGAAGCGUGCUCAAAUUGUGGGUGGUGGUGCACCAGAAAUUGAAAUGGCCCUACAAUUGGCUGCACAUGCUCAGACAGUGGAUGGCGUAGAUGCCUAUUGUUUCCGUGCCUAUGCUGAAGCCCUUGAAGUUAUUCCCUCAACUUUGGCCGAAAAUGCUGGUCUAAAUCCCAUUGCCACAGUGACUGAGUUGCGCAAUCGUCAUGCCCAAGGUGAAAAGAAUGCUGGAAUUAAUGUACGCAAGGGAGCCAUUACAGACAUCUUUGCCGAGAAUGUUGUUCAACCUGCUUUGGUUAAUAUUUCCGCAAUUUCAUUGGCCACCGAGACUAUACGCUCGAUUUUGAAAAUCGAUGAUAUUGUCAAUACUAUAUCUUAAGUUAUUGUAAAACUAGCAGACCCUCAUAAAGAACAACAAUUUCAUAUUUAUUCAUAAAAAAGAAACAAAAUCCACACACACACACACACUCACCCAUGGUCAUUUGUAACCAUCAUUUUUUCAUGUUCACCUGCUUUCCUUCUCUCGGUUAUUAAUUAAUGUUUUUAUCUAUUCUUUAUGAAGUUUAACAACUUAUGCAAGUUUUAGUUCAUAAUAUGCUUGAAUUUCUUUAAAAGAGUGUAAUGAACCUGGCAUUUA